AUGUCGAGUUCCGACGAAGAUUCAGUUUCAUACAUUCGUAAGUAUACAAUAGAUGCUGAAAUGUUAAACACUUUCGUUACUUUAAUUGACGAAGAAGAAAAAGAAGCAGAGAGUUCGAGAAUGGCAAACAGACCAAAAAUACCAAGAAGAACAGUACCCAGAAACCAUGUGGAAGCCGCUGCACGUUUAUAUAAUCAUUACUUUGCCCCGCAACCCGUUUACCCUGCUGAUUAUUUUAGAAGGCAUUUUCAAAUGCCCAAAGAAAUAUUUCUUCGUAUAGUAAACGAUAUACAUUCCUUUAACGCCAUACAACCAUUACCAAAAUACUUUGCAUUCUCCCACAACGCUCCAACCGACGCCGUGGGUCGCCCGACGUUAAAUAUUUUUCAAAAAUGUUCUUCCGCUAUACGCCAACUGGCUUAUGCUUCUACUGCCGAUCAGUUAGAUGAAUACCUCAAAAUGGGUUCCCAAACGUCUGCCGACCAGUUCAAUACACUCUUUCUCCAAGAUAAAGCUCCUGCGGUAAAUUUCACCCUUAAUGGCCAACAGUUUACAAAGGGUUAUUAUCUAGCUGAUGUUAUCUAUCCAGAAUUGGCUACCCUUGUCAAGUCUUUCAAGUGUCCCAUGGACCCUAAGACCAGUAAAUUCAAACGCUUCCAAGAGUCUGCAAGAAAAGACGUGGAGCGUGCUUUUGGGGUACUUCAAGGCCGAUGGAGAAUCCUUCAACAGGGUGCGUGUCCAUUAAGUAUUAACAAAAUUAAACGCAUCAUGUACUCUUGUGUGUUGUUGUACAACAUGGUCGUUGAAUAUAACGAGUGUGCAAUCAGUCCUUUGGAUUUGGAGCUAAUUCCCGAUACGCCGCCAGCACGUUCUUGGGACGAACGUGUUGACAUUCAUUCACGUAUGACAGAGGAGUUACGUGAUAGGGCGACACACAACUUUUUAAGGCUUCCAAUUUCAUAA